AUACCCGACACGCCUUCUGAUACAGGGCUUUUGUUUCCUUUUCAGAAAGGAACUGCUUAGACAUAAGACUUCGAAGAAAAAGGCGGUGAGAAUCUCUCAUUUUCUUUCGAAUGCUAAAAUUAUUGAAAUAAAACACUCAAAGAUUCAACCAGAGAAUUAGAUGAUGGCGGGAAAACAUAAAGUGGCGCACCAAAGCAGCACGGGAAUUUGCUCAUCCGGGAUAAGCCAGAAUAACUUGGUACCAGUCCAUCAGGAGACAAAGCGUGCCAAGAUGGCGGCUAACAAGACUUCUGCCGCGAACAAUCCUCCAUUUGAUGUUCCUAGUUGGGCAGGUAAACCGCCGCAGGGACUUCACUUAGAUGUCAUGAAACAGAAUAAUUUAGUUGAGAAAAUGAUCAUUGAUCAGAAGUCGUACUACUUGUUUGGAAGAAACAAGGAAGCUUGUGAUUUCACAUUGGAACACACAUCAUGUUCUCGUGUUCAUGCUGCUCUGGUUUUCCAUAAACAUCUCAACCGAACAUUUCUGAUUGACCUCAAGAGUACACAUGGCACUUUUAUUGGCACAAUACGUUUAGAACCACAAAAACCAACACAAGUUCAAGUCGACAGCGUGAUCAGGUUUGGUGCAUCUUCCAGAAGCUAUGUUCUGCGAGAAAAGCCAGCCAUGCCAAGUUCCAAUCUUAAGCAGUCAGAAAAUUCAGAAAAAAUGGAGGACGAGACUGAGGAAGGCUCAAAAGGAGGCCUGUUAGGACUUCCAGAGUCAGACACAGAGUUAGAUGAUCUGACAGAGUUCAACACUGCUCACAACAAAAGGAUUUCAUCACUCGGCAUUGAGGAAGGAAGUGCAAAUUUAGCUGGUGUUACAUCCCUGAAGCGCAAAAGGAGAUCGUCUUUAUCUGUUGCAUUUAGAGAAGGAGAAGAAAUUAUAAAUCCAGAGGACAUUGAUCCCACUGUAGGCAAGUUCAGAAACAUGAUUCAGACAACUGUUGUUGUUCCAACCAAGGUAUGUUACAGAAGUGAUCUGACAGAGUUCAACACUGCUCACAACAAAAGGAUUUCAUCACUCGGCAUAGAGGAAGGAAGUGCAAAUUUAGCUGGUGUUACAUCCCUGAAGCGCAAAAGGAGAUCGUCUUUAUCUGUUGCAUUUAGAGAAGGAGAAGAAAUUAUAAAUCCAGAGGACAUUGAUCCCACUGUAGGCAAGUUCAGAAACAUGAUUCAGACAACUGUUGUUGUUCCAACCAAGAAAAUACGAGGACCAGUUUCUCCUGUAGGGAGUCUCACAGAGAACAUUACUCGUCGUCUUCAGAGCUUCCCUUACUCUCAAGGUCUGUACUCCAAUCUACCAGGAACAGGAGUCACUCCUGACCCUACAAGUCCUACCUCACCCACAACACAACACAAACCUCGAAUGUCAAUCACCUCGGCACCUGAAGUCUCAUCUCCAACGCUGCCGAGUGUUCCUGUACAUCACGCACCAGAACCUUUACCAGCUGGGCCAGUUAUGCAAAAUGCUACAAUGACAAUUGCCGAAGCUCCUAAAAAGAAAUACGCUAAAGAGGCGUGGCCUGGCAAGAAACCAACACCAUCAUUACUCAUCUAUUCACAGAAAAUACGAGGACCAGUUUCUCCUGUAGGGAGUCUCACAGAGAACAUUACUCGUCGUCUUCAGAGCUUCCCUUACUCUCAAGGUCUGUACUCCAAUCUACCAGGAACAGGAGUCACUCCUGACCCUACAAGUCCUACCUCACCCACAACACAACACAAACCUCGAAUGUCAAUCACCUCGGCACCUGAAGUCUCAUCUCCAACGCUGCCGAGUGUUCCUGUACAUCACGCACCAGAACCUUUACCAGCUGGGCCAGUUAUGCAAAAUGCUACAAUGACAAUUGCCGAAGCUCCUAAAAAGAAAUACGCUAAAGAGGCGUGGCCUGGCAAGAAACCAACACCAUCAUUACUCAUCUAGUUAUUUAUUAAGAGAAUUUUUAGCUGAUUUUAAGAAUCAGUGCCCAGGAUGUACUUCCAGGUUAUAGGAAUACUGUUUUGUGGUAAGAACCAUUGCAGAUUUUAUAAAGUGGAGUCAAGUGGAAGAGAUCAGCACUGUAAAUAUCAAGUUCUUGCAAAAUGGCUUUACAACAGACCUGGGCCAGUCAUGUAAUGAUAUGUUGCAAAGAACUUCAAACUGUGGAUACCGUGGCAUUACACGGCACUAGACUGAUGAUCUGCAACACAACUGAAGUUAAUUUUUCUCAUUUCACUGUAUGUCUUUGUCAUCUGCAUGGCAUCUUAUUACUUGGUACUGUGUUUCUUGAGUACUAAUUAUGUCACCAGUUAAAGUUUGUGCUAUCUAGAGCACUUUCUACUCGUACUCUUUACAACAGUCAAGUAAGAGCACAAUUCUGUUUGUUAGAAGGUCUGAUUUAAUAGUUAGGCCUAUGAUGAUCUUUUGUCCUCAUCACUUUGAUUGUCACGACCCUGAUGCCUGGUGUCUCUGUGUUUUCUGUUCUGUUCACACGAGUGAUUGCUCUUGUGCUCACAGAGGCUAUUCUCAUUGCAAAAUGGUGUUGCAGAGGAACCACUAUGUAACGAGGUCCUCGGUGUAACAAACAAUGGAGUAGUUUUCAAUUGAGUGUCAAAGGCAAUCAGGCAAUUACUUUGGUUUUGGUUUUACUGGGUUUGACAUUG